AACGCGACUUCCUCACCAUGGAAAUUCACAACCAAACUCAAUGUAUAGCCUCCAGCGAUGACAUAUCUGGUAGCUCGUGCAGCAACCACGAGAUGUAUUCUCCGAAACGUGCCACGAGCAAAACUCGGCGGCAGCAUUCCUCCUCAUCCUUACCUAUUAUGCAUACCAAUGUCCUUCUCGACAUGCUGCUGUCGCGGUCAACGAGCUGAGAAGGAAAAGAAGACUGAUUCGGAUCCGAGGAUUAAUGAUAUAGGGAGGGCGAUCGAGGAUGAUUAUGCUACUAUUCGACAGAAUUAUGCUACACCUAAAAACCCAAUUGUCCUCGCACACGGCCUCCUUGGCUUCGACGAGCUGCGAUUAGCUGGUAACCUACUUCCGGGAGUCCAAUAUUGGCGAGGCAUAACGGAAGCCAUGCGUGCAAAUGGUAUCGAAGUCAUCCUCACCACCGUUCCAGCAUCUGCCAGUAUCGAAGAACGAGCUGCCAAGCUGAGUCAAGAUAUAGCUACCAAAGCUAAUGGAAAGAGCGUCAAUAUCAUUGCACAUAGUAUGGGAGGUCUGGAUGCUCGGUACAUGAUCUCUCGACUGAAGCCUGACAAUGUCGACGUUCUUUCCCUUACCACAAUCGCAACCCCACAUCGAGGAUCCUACUUCGCCGAUUACAUGUUAAGGGAACUAGGACCUUUAUACCUGCCCCAGAUAUACAAGUUUGUGGAGGGUUUGGGAUACAGUACUGGUGCCUUCAGUCAAUUGACUACGAAAUACAUGCUGGAGGAAUUUAAUCCAAAAACUCCUGACAAAGAAGGCGUAAGGUACUUCUCAUAUGGAGCUACAGCACACCCAGGAUUCCUAAGCGCUUUUCGGAAACCACAUAAGAUUGUUGAGUCAAUGGAAGGACCGAAUGAUGGCUUAGUUUCAGUGGAAAGUGCAAAAUGGGGAACGUACAAGGGGACUCUGGUUGAGGUUAGCCAUUUGGACCUGAUCAAUUGGACGAAUAGGUUGAGAUCGUUCUUUUGGUCGGUGGGCGGGUAUCAGAAGAAGUUUAAUGCUGUUGCGUUCUACUUGGAUAUUGCAGACAUGCUUGCUAAGGAGGGUUUAUGAAAAUCUUCUCUCUCCUAGAAUUAGAAAAUUGAAUGUCCCGUAAUUGGUUGACAUUCACGAUAGAGUAAUUGUAACUCUGCACCCUGAAGUUACUGCACUGUCAUUAUCCUUGAUCUUUUUUGAUAUCGCACUCUUAUGCUUUUUGGAAAAUUGGUCCAAAGUCUGUCAGUUAGAAUUCAUUACAUGGCUAUUCUCUUGUCUUCUUUUCUGAGUGACGAUGGUCAUGGGCCAGACCAUCGAGUUGGCGCCUGAAUCGGACAUGGUCUGGCCACCUCUUCCUCCU